AUGGCUUCUGCUCGCGAUGUGUCCGAUGACGACGUCGGACUGCCGGCGGGCCUCACACCGACGGCCGAAGGCAAGGUGAAGCGCCUUGUCGUGGUCGGAGAGUCCCGCGAUGCCAAGAGUACGAUCAUCAAUUUUCUGCGCAACCCAGAGGCUGUGACUCCGCGGGCCACGAUGGAGACCUCGGAGCGCGUCGGCACAAGCAUCCCAUCGCCACCACCUUCGGCCCGCUGCUACCGCCGGUGGCCCUGGCGCAAGAAGCGAGCCUCCAAGCCGCACGUCAGACGCAUUGACACGGCGCUCCCUGACGACGAGCGACUUCGGGAGGUGCUUUCCGCAGCGACUCAGGAGGUGCUUUCCGCUGUCCACAGCCGGGCGUCGGUCAGUGAGGUAGCCAUGCGCGUCCAGAUGCUCAACGCCUGUCUCGGCGAGAUGCAACUGCCUGCGUCCAGGAGCCAGCCAGCGGCGGUGCCACGACUCGCGAUGGAAAAACACGAGGUGACAGCGCCCUCCACAGGGGCGGCCAGCGCUCCGGCUGAGCGCUACUGCCCUGACCGCUCGCCCAUCCGCGGCUUCCUAAUCGACCUGGACGGAACCAUGUACGAACCAGCUGGCCUCCUCCCCGGCGCCGCCGCGUUCUACGCCUGGCUAGUCGCCUCGCGCACACCACACAUCUUCCUCUCCAACACCGGCGCCAAGAACUCGAGCGGCGUCCAGCGCAAGUUUCACUCGCCGCCCUUUUCGCUCAGUGGGCCUGAGGUGCCUCUCUCGCACAUCCUGACGGCUGCAGAGACGCAGGUGGACUACCUGCUGAAGGAGGUGCCGCGGAACGCGCGCCUCUAUGUCCUCUCUGGCGGCAGUGGCACGUGGCGGUCGGACCUGCUCACACGCGGCGGCGCUGAGGGUGCGGCGCUGGUUGGGACGUGGGACGUGCGCACUACUCUGUCUGCUGGCGAGGCCAAGGCGUGGGCGGCGCACCAGGCGCUCUGCCGGCACGAGGCCGCAAAGGCGGUGUGGGUGGUGUUUUUCCACGACGGCGAGGUGGGCGGCCCCGGCUGCGACACCAGGGAGUGGAGCUUCGAAGUGAUCAAGAUCGCAGGGUUUCUGCUCUCGCACGGCGCGCAGCUCGUCUACACGGCAGAUGACGCCUUCAACCCCUCCGUUGACCCGGACCACCCCGGACUUGUCUUCCCCCUGCCCGGGCCCGGCAGUAGCAAGCAGCUGUACAUGAACGAGCGACACCCUCUCACCACGUCUCGAAUGGCUAAACAUAGGCCCGGAAUGUUCGCGGCGAUGAUGCGGACGCUGAUGUACCCUGCUGGCAGCGAGUCGGUUGCGUGUGCGGGUAAGGGGGGCAACAAGGGGGGAGAGAUGAUGAUGGAGCGGGCGCGGCAGAUGCUCAUCGCGCAGGGCCACGACGGAGACCCCUCCACAAUCUGCAUGGUGGGCGACCGCUUCGACACCGACAUCCGCGCAGGCCGCUCCGCCGGAUUCCGCACGUGUCUCGCCCUGAGCGGCUGCCACAACCUCGAGUCCCAGCGCCACUACCCCUCGGACGUGGCCGACUUUUUUGUGGCGGGCGUCGGCGACCUGGUGCCAGAGGGGGCGCGGCGGGCCAGCCUGAGAGAGCAGAGCAGCUGGGUGGGAGCCUCAAAGUCGCGGCUGGGAAGCCAGCCCGCCGAGGAGCUGGUGGAGUGGACCCUCAUUCAGUCUGACCUGACCCGGUCGGGGCGCGGCGACGCCGCACGCGCCGAAUUGCAGUCGGUGCUGCGGCGGUGCUUCGACGCGAUCGACGUCAACGGCGACGGAACGGUGGACGAGACGGAGCUGGUGAGUGGGUUCGAGCAGGUCGGGCUGGGGAGGUUGGCGCUCGCCGCGGCGAGGAGUAGGGCGAGCGAUUACGGUGGCCGCCUCUCCUUCGACCAGUUUGCGAACGCCGUCGAGCAGGCGAUGCCCCACCUGAGCUCACGAGGCGCUGGCGAGGCACAACCGUGA